AUGGAAAGAAAUGUAUCAUCACCACUCAACUCGACCGCUCUUCCACUCAAUUCCACGGCUGACAUCAACGCCACAGCCAAACCCUUCAGCGUGUUUGAUGGGUGCGAUUAUCAGGUAGAGGGCAUUCUCUUUGACCUGGCCCUGCAGAGCAUCAACGUAAUCGUGGGAAUCCCGGCCAACUUACUUGUCAUCGCAAUCCUCAUCCGCAAUCGCAAAGAACCCACCACUUCGGACAUAUUCUUGGGCUGCCUGGCUUCUAUGGAUGCCUACUUCAGUGCCAUGACCCCUCUCAGCUUCCUUAACCUUUACCACUGGCAGAGCAAAGAGGUGUGGUCCGCCCUGAAAUUCUCCUUUGGUGUAAAAGACACGAGCGGUCCCUUGUUUCUCUCCUGCAUCUGCCUCGAUCGCUUUGUGGCCGUGCUCUUUCCAGUGAAGUUUGGGCAGCUUAAACAUAUCAAGUACAGGUUAAGCCUCACAUUGCUGGUGUUCUGCCUCACCUUCGCCUACUCUGCAGCCAAGGUCAUAGGAGGGCUCCCAAACUUUGAGAAGGUGUUUACUGGUGAGAUCCUGGCAGCAUUUACCUGGAUGGUUGUGUGCAAUGUGAGCAUCCUGUGGGCCCUGAAGAAGUCCCGCAGCGCAGGGAAAGACGAGAUGCACCCCAUGAAGAAGAAGGCCUUCAAGAUGGUGCUCUCCAUCCUCUGUAUCAUUGUGUUUAACUACCUGCCACCUGUUGCACUGUUCCCUUUUGAGGAUCACUACUCCCCUGAUGUGUUUCGCUGCUACGUGCAGCCCAUUGGCUUCGCUUUUCUCAACAUCAGCAGCACCAUCCAACCGCUUGUCUAUCUGUCUCGUCUGGAGAAGGUGCCUUUCCUCCCAGACGCCUGCGUUAAAAAGUGCUGCCCCUGUGCCUCUGCAGAGAACAACACCCCCUCACCUGCAAAACAAACACCUGCUUAG